AUGACUGUCACUUAUUCCAGUAAAGUAGCCAACGCCACCUUCCUCAGCUUCCAUCGGCUGCUGCUGCGCUGGAGGGGCAGCAUCUACAAGCUGCUGUACCGAGAGUUCCUGCUGUUCUCACUGCUCUACACCGUCCUCAGCCUUGUAUACAGCUGUGUUCAGGGUAAAGACGAAUAUGGCCGCCUUCUGCGGAGGACGCUGAUGCGUUACGUGAACCUGACAUCGCUCCUGAUCUUCCGCUCCGUCAGCACGGCCGUCUGCAAGCGGUUCCCAACCAUGGACCACGUGGUGGAGGCCGGUUUUAUGACCCCAGAGGAGAGGAAGGUGUUCGAGAACGUACGUUCUCCUCACCUGAAGUACUGGAUCCCCGUGGUUUGGUUCUCAAACCUGGCGUCUAAAGCUCGGCAAGAAGGACGGAUCCAGGACAGCAUGGACCUGCAGAACAUCCUCAACGAGAUGAAUCAGUUCAGGACGUGGUGUGCCACUCUGUUCGGGUACGACUGGGUGGGCGUCCCGUUGGUCUACACGCAGGUCGUCACGCUCGCCGUCUACACCUUCUUCUUCGCCUGUCUGAUCGGCCGUCAGUUUCUGGACCCGGCCCAGCGUCACCCCGGACACGACCUGGACCUUUACGUCCCCGUCUUCACUCUGCUGCAGUUUUUCUUUUACUGCGGGUGGCUGAAGGUAGCGGAGCAGCUCAUCAACCCAUUUGGAGAGGACGAUGACGACUUUGAGGCGAACUGGAUCAUCGACAGGAACCUUCAGGUGUCCCUGCUGGCGGUGGAUGAGAUGCACAUGAACCUUCCUCACAUGACCAAAGACAUGUACUGGAACGACAGCGACGCUCGCCCGCCGUACACGCUCGCUGCUGCAGAUUACUGCAUCGCCUCGUUCCUCGGCUCCACCACCGACAUGGGACUCUCAGACAUCCUGCAGUUUGAUGAAGCCGAGGUUUCCGACAGUCACCUUCAGCGACAGGAUUCUAUUUUCACUCGACGCCAAGAGUCGGUUCUGGGUCGAGUCCGACGACUGCUCAGUGUUCAGGAGCCUCCUGAUCUCAAACAUCCUCGACCGACCUUCAAACGCCACAGCAGCGACGCAACGAGCAGCUUCUUCACAGACUUGAGGGCUAACCCAGGUCUCAUGGCCACAGCUCCACGCUCGUCCUUGGCCAUCCCCCCACAGUCCAUGGACACUCUGUCCACCUUAAGGGAGGUCAGCAGUGACCCACCGUCACCUGAGAGCAUGUCCUCUGUUGUUUUUCCUCAGCUAGUCAUCAGCCCACCAUUGUACGGUGACGCCUGCAACAACAACGAUUCUUUUAGGAAACAUCAGAACGGCUUCAAUCGUUCCCCCACUGAGGAGGCUCCAAGUUUGGAAACCCCAAGCCUUUCCAGGACUGGCUCCAACUGCUGCUCCCCGACUCAACUGGGACCAGAGGAAUUUCGCUGGGCAACGCUCAGUGACAAGAACCAUCCACCAACUAGGCCAAGAGGACGUCAGUUCUCCCUGCAGUUUUCCAGACAGUCGUCGAAGGCAUCGGUCCGCAGCCUGCCCAGUCCAAAGGCUCUGGGGCGACGAAGAAAACGUCUGGGGCGACAUCAGCCCUGGAGGUCACCUAGUCCGACCCUGAACACGCUGCAGAUCCCUAAGCCGGAUUACGACCACGACUUCCAGGGAACGGCUGGAAGUGAAGAUGAGGAGGAAGAAACUAAACGUGAUGAAGACAUGAAAGAAAACAACUCUUCGUCUGGAGAUAAAAAUGAGACAUAAAGUUCAAACGGAGACCACCCAACAGGAGACUUUUCUUUCAAAGACAGAAAAUGUCCAAAGGUCUCAGAGAUGCUUCAAAUGUUGGUUUGAAGCCAAAACAAAGUCUGGACUCACCAGUCCCUGAUCUUAGCUCCAGUCCACACAAA